GAGCGCGUGGGAAACUUCCUGGCUGAUUUCUACUCUGUGAACGGCCUGGUGCUGGAGUCCAGGAAGAGGCGAGAGCAUCUGAGCGAGGAGGACAUCUUGAGGAAUAAAGCCAUCAUGGAGAGUCUGAGCAAAGGAGGGAACCUCAKCGACCAGAACUUUGAGUCAACAAGAAGGCAAUCUCUGACUCCGCCCUCCCCAAACACUAUAUCAUGGGAAGAAUAUAUCACCUCUGACAACGGAAGAGCACCUCAUCUAGGAAGAGAGCUGGUCUGCAAGGAGAGCAAGAAGAACUUCAAAGCCACGAUAGCCAUGAGUCAAGACUUCCCUCUGGGCAUCGAAUCGUUAUUGAACGUUCUGGAGGUGAUCGCACCCUUCAAGCACUUUAAUAAACUCAGGGAGUUUGUUCAGAUGAAGCUCCCCCCUGGUUUCCCCGUCAAGCUGGACAUCCCCGUCUUUCCUACCAUCACAGCCACGGUGACAUUUCAGGAGUUUCGCUACGACGAGUUUGACGGAUCCAUUUUUACCAUUCCCAACGACUAUAAAGAAGACCCGAGCCGGUUCCCCGACCUUUAACCUCCGGACUUUAAACAGGCCACUUCGUUCCUACAAAACACACCUUUUAAAAGACUCUCAUCAGUCAAAGGGCAUUGAACUGAAAAAAAAAAAGGCAACAGAGCAAGUGAGUUUGAUGUAUUAUGGGAUAUGAGUAGCAAACGAACACCAGUUCAGUUGUAUUUAAAUGUGUAAGUAAUGAUUUUAAAGGGGCUUUCUUAAAACUAAAAURUAGUUGAGCACUGAAAAUGUGUGAGAAGCUUGAGAGGAAUUCUGCUCUAAUUAGGUUCUACAACGAAAGCACGCUGGACAAAACACAAAAAGUACURAUGACGUUACUUUUAUACAAAAACUAAGGUGCAGGCUUAGAAAGCAGGAAGGUAAAAAUCAUCCAGUCAUGUUCAUAUGAGGCAAAAAAAAACCUAAAUAAUUAGGCUUGAUUUGAACAGAWUUCCUCUUCUGCUCAUUACAAAUGUCUGUGAUUAUAUAUAAGAAUGAUUUUCAUGGGACAAAUAUCACUGAAUAUUUGAGUACUUUUUGGAUUCACUACAGCUGAGUUUAACAUGUUUUGUGUAUAAUGUUAAACCUUUAACCCUGCRUUUGGGAAUAUCAAAUUGGCUGUGAGUUUUAAGUUGUUAAACUUUUUUCUUUUGUCACCGUUUUUUAAAAACAAUCCUGUUAUAAGUAGUGGAGAACAAACUGAUGUUAACAAAAACGAGUACGACUCAGAAAACAGGCUUUUGCUUUGCACCAUUUACACUUCUGUUUUAGUUAGGUAUUUUUGUUUUAUUUACUUUUAUCCAGUGGUGGGCACAGCUAACCAAAGUCUUAGCUUCACUAGCUGCCAACCUGUUACGCUAAAAAUGAGCUUUGCUAGCCACCAGUUCGCUACAUUAGCUUCGCAAGCUAAACUGUUAAACGGGUAAAAUAAAUUAUUGGAAGCUAAUGCUAACUCAAAGUUUACCAUUUAAAACAGACAUGUAGUAUCUACAGAAAUUGUUAUAAAAAUCCUUAUGUCCACCAAACAGUUAAAGCUACACACAGUGUAAUCAAAAUGCUAAAGAUGCUACGCACAUAAACGGCGCAUGACGCAGGCGUGCAGCGCCUCGUGAGAGGGGGUAGUUGUUUUUUUUUUGUUUAUUUGUUUGUUUGUUUGUUUGUUUUUUCUAAGUUACCAGAACUAAAUUUUGUGUAAUCUACUCGGUCUUUUUAAGUUAGCAACGAUGCUAAUCUGCCGAAUGAACUGUUAGCUUYGCUAUUAGCUGUUAGCAGAUUAGCMUAACUGUGCCCACCACUGAUUUUAUCCUUUUAAACUGACAGGCUUUUUGUUCUCUACAAGAGGGAGAGUCGUGUAAUUUCUUUUUUUWAAUGUARCAGUUUGUGAGCUGAGUCAGAAGAUUUCUUGUUUAGUUUUUUUAAGUGGCGGUACGUUUUGUACAUACUUUGUUUAUUUUAUUUUUUUCCUGUKAUGAUCUCCCUCACGUAUGUUUAAACAAUCCUGAAAAGCACAAAGCACCUAGAAAGAUUUUACCUUUUAAAAACAGGAAAUAUUUAACCGGUGCUGGAUGUUGCAGGGUAUUUUUUUUUUUGAAAGGAGAUUGUUUUACCCAUGUUUAGUAAAACCAAAAUUCAGUAUCAUUGUUCCUGACAUUCCAUACUUUAGUUCUGUGCAACUAGUGGAAGCGACUUCACUGACUUUAAUGCUUUACCUGGUAUUUGACGCUCYUUCCAUCGAAGCUGCUCUGAUUUUCUGUAGGGAUUCGUUCGACCAUCUACAUGUCAGUUGUACAGCAAAAAAAAAAAAAAAAGUUGUGUUUGUCUGCAACACUAUUUUCAUAUAAAAU